GGAUUUAACGGUUCGUUUCGUUUAGAAAAAUAAAUCGGUGCCGUUUGAGUGAAACAAUGUAUCGAAAUGGCCGAAGCUGUAGCGGUGAUGCGGGCAACAUUGCCAUAGCUCUAUUGUGGCUAACUGCACUCAACGUACUAGCGACGCUAGCAGCAGCAGCAACAACGACAAAUACCAACGAAGAAGCAAUAAUAAUAACAAACAAAACAACAAUAACAAUAGCAACAAAAGUUGCAGCAGCAUCAAAUCCGCAAAUCCCAUAUACAGCAAAUCGAAAAAUAAAUCCAAAUACCCUACCAUGGCUAAAAGCGACACCGCCAGUGCCAGUAGCAGGCGCAACAGUUGCAAUGCCAGUGCCCACGACCGCUACUCUGUCCACUACCGCGCCCGCGUCCACAUCUACAAAAUCAGUGGCAGCUUUAGGCACUGCUUCAGUUUCAGCUAAAGCUUCAGCCUUACUAGUAUCCAUGCCGCUGCCAUUGAGUUUCACAAAUGCUGCAAAUUACUUCACUUUAGCUGGCAAAUUUAAUCCGGUUCGCAGGAUGCGACAUCGCCAUCGUCGUCGCCGUCGCCGUCAUCUGGCAGCAGCUGUGAAUGCAGCUGUUGCUGUUACUACGCUUGACAGUAAUCCUAAUACCAGCAGCAGGACGGAAAGCACUUACAGCAGCAAUAACAAAAAUAGCGUACCCUUCACCACACCGUUAAAUGUUAGUCAACACGCUGGCGAACUGUGCAAUCGCCCCUGCGUAGCUGGCGACAGUCGCAUUUGCUAUUUCAAAUUUGCGCUCGAACAUUACCAGGUCAUGGGAGUCGCUUGUGGCCACUGUUCGCUUGGCAUCGCCUCCGACUGCUUCAACCCGCAAUGCAUCUUGGCGGAUGGCUAUGAAAAGGGUGUUAUGAGCAUUAACCGCCAGCUACCUGGCCCCGCCAUUCAGGUAUGUCGUGACGAUUUGAUUGUUGUCGAUGUGGCCAACCAAGCGCUUGGUACUGCUGCUGCCAUCCAUUGGCAUGGCCAGCAUAUGGUUGCAACCCCUUGGUCGGAUGGUGUACCUUUUGUUACUCAAUGCCCCAUACAUUUUGCCAACACGUUCCGUUAUUACUUUUGGGCCACUGAAGUCGGUACGCAUUUCUACCAUUCACAUUCAGGUCACCACAAGGUUAACGGUCAAUAUGGCGCGCUAAUCAUACGUGACGAUCCAGUUCUGAUGCUCAACGCCAACACUUACGAUUUCGAUCUACCGGAACACUAUAUACUCAUCUCCGAUUGGAUGCACACCUAUGGCGAACAAUAUUUCCCAGGUGAGCCCAGUACAGCGGGUAUAUUUCCCGAUUCGGUGCUAAUCAAUGGACGCGGUAUUUAUUAUACCAAAGACGGUGUACGCGCACCGACUGUGGUACCACCAAUGCGCUAUUAUGUUAUACCUGGGAAACGCUAUCGCUUUCGGCUGAUCAACUCAAUAAGUCAUUCGUGUCCAUUUCAGUUUCAGAUUGAACGCCACAAUUUAAGCAUAAUUGCAUCAGAUUCUUAUGAUUUAAAGCCACGCUAUAUUGACACGCUAAUUUCUAAUGCCGGUGAGAGGUAUGAUUUUGUUUUGCUCGCUAAUAACACGGCUGGCGACUACUGGAUUCGAGUGCGUGGCAUGGGUGUCUGUGCUAUACUGCCUACAGAAUCCUUUGCCUUGCUGCGCUAUGUGAGCAAUGAUCCUGCAGACGAACCUGAUGAGGAACGUCCGUUGCCGCCAAUGCCGCUUUAUAAUGAGACCUUCGCCUCUGGCGUGUACCUCGACCAUCCCAACGGCACCUGUGGCGCGCCUGACAAUUAUUGUAUUAGCGAACUUGAAGCACUGGAGCAGGAUGAAUUUCUACGCACUACCACGCCGGAUCAUCAAUUCUUUUUAGCCUUUACAAAUUUUCCUGUACCGAAUAGCGAAAUUUUCAAGAAUGGCACUUACUAUCACUUUGCAAAUCUGCAAAAUAAUCUCACCAUAGUGGGCGCUAUUAACAACCUCAGUUUUAUUUUUCCCAAUUACCCGCCGCUGACGCAGCCGGAAGCAAUGAACGAUACGCAGUUUUGCACUGAACUUGAAAGGCCAGCCUCGUGUCUGGGCAAUCGUCUAUGUCCUUGCGUACAUCGAUUACACAUUCAUUACGGUAGCAUCGUCGAACUGAUAUUAGUCGAUGAAACGGAAUUGGUUGGCCGCUUGCAUCAUCCAUUUCACUUGCACGGCCAUCGCUUCAUCGUAACUGGCUUGGGACGUGAUUCGAGUGGAACGCCAAUGACUGUUUUGGCUGCCAAGCAGUUGAAAGCCAACAAUUUGUUGCCGCAUAAUAGCAACAACACAAGUCCACCAUUCAAGGAUACUGUAUCGAUACCGAGUCGCGGAUAUGCAGUUGUACGAUUUCGUGCUGAGAAUCCGGGCUUUUGGUUGAUGCACUGCCACUACGAAUGGCAUCUGGCCAUCGGCAUGGGCUUAAUACUACAAGUGGGCAAUAUGAGUGAAAUGGUGCCACCACCAAAAGGCUUCCCUAGUUGCGGUAAUUACCUGCCCGAACUGGACGAGUUCGAAGGAUUGUCCGCGAAAAACUAUUUUAUGUAGCUAAUGAAAAUAUUGUAAUGAAAAGUAUGUACUGAGUAUUUAAAUAGAAAUUCAUGGAACAGUA